AUGGCGGCGGCCGUCUUCACCAGCAACACUGUUGCGCGUGCCGGGCUGAACUGGGAGCUCACGCAGGCCCUGUGCCGAAAGGUCUGGGCGGAUUCCGACGACACUUCGCGGGUUAUCACCACAUUAUCGGACGAGGCUAUCAAGGGCGUGCUCAUGGAGUUGAGCCAACUGCAGCCCAGUAUCAUGCCCAUGUCCGUCGCCGACGCUCUGCGUGCCCGCAAUGAGGUUGUGCAGCACGCCAAAGCCUACCAGCACAUCCUUCACGAGUUCGUCGUCAACAAGAAGGACCUUUCCGAGGAGCUCAUCAAGGAGACGCACUGCAUAUUGACGCUGGGUGUGCCCAUCGUGGAGGAGGGCCGGAUGGACAUCCCGCCGGAAGCCUAUGGCGGCAUCUACAGAACCGUCAUUGGUCGCAACAUCAACUAUCCUGUCCCGGAAGUUGUUCCCGCCCACAUGCAGUAUCUGUGCGAGGAGCUGAAGCGCGAGAUCUCCGCCGCGGAACAGGGCGGCUGGGUCGACCCGUUCUCCCUGGCAACAAGAUACGCACUCGAGUUUGUGAGCAUCAUCCCCUUUGAGGACGGCAACGGGAGGAUGUGCUGCAUGAUCCUCAACGCGAUCGUGUGCCGGUACGUGGGCAUCCUCGUCCACUUUGGCGACGGCGAGGGCGAGUGGUCGGGCUACGCCGAGAUGAACCUGCACUCGGACCUGGGCAUGACGGGCGCCGAGGAGUAUGCCCUUCUCCUGCUGCAGCGCUCUGUUAGUCAUCUAAAGGCUUUGAAGAAGAAGCUUAAGGGUAAGGGGGACAGCAAGUUGGCUGCAGUCACGAUAAAGACACGUGAAGGGGAUGUUGUUGCCCUUGAUGUGUAA